UGAUGAUGUUGAUGAGCAAUAUAAUAUGUGCUCUUCGAAUGCUUAGAAUUUGCUGAACGAAUUAUUGAAGCAGUUCUCUUAAUUACGGAUUUCUUGUCUUCCAUUUUGGAAAUGACAAAGUGAGCAUUUUUUACUUUAUAAUCAGUGUAUGCUAUGAGAACUUUGUGUAUGUUGAUUGUUGAGUGGUUUUUUCUAGUCUUAGAAAGCUCUUAUGCUUCCAUUCUAUUAAACUAAUGUUUGAGUGAGAUUCUCUCCAUAACUCCAUGUAGAAGUUUGAGUGAGAUUUGCAAGCCUGCUUUGUAUUUUUUGGUUUACCAUUCAUUUGACUUCUAAAUUUUUCAACUAUAGCUGAUCCAGCUCGCCGAUUCAUGGUUUUGCCAUACUUUAGCUGUUCUAAUUGGCCCUUUUAUCAAAGUUAGCUAGUAAACCUGCAAAGUGCAAACUAGUCAAUUGGAAUAUUCAUUUAAUAAACUCUUUAUACUUUUAGUUUUAUUUUAACAGAUUCAGUUUCUAAACCUUGCAACUGGCAAGAAUAUACUGAAGGUUUAAGGUUGCGGUUAAAAGUCGAGUUAGUUCAUAUUAAUACUUUGGGUUGUGGGUGGCUGGAGAGUAAUUGUUGUCUAUUUGUCUUUACCUAUCCCAUUUCCUCAUUAUGGUUUGAGCUUUGUAUUUGUCUGCAGAUCAGACAUGAAGCUGCAAGGAGUUCCUCAUUUGUACAGUACUGAACAUAGGUUUAAGGCUCUGUUGGUGGUAAUAGGUCAGGAUUACAGAAUCACGAUGUCAUCUCCUUUGUAUUUCAGUAACAGUUGUCUCAUUAUCCCAGAUAUACUUUGUUUGCUGUGAAUGCAUAUCAAUUUACACAAGACUUGAAGAGUCGGACUUAUGUUGUUGUGAAUCCUUGAUUACAUGCUUGUGUUCUCAAGAUCCUCUUGCUGAGUUUGCACAAAUGCUGAGAUUCGCAUGUUUAAGUCACACUAAUUUAUGAAAUACGGAGUAUUAUUUCACAUUCAAGUUCAGUUCAAAGGGUGCUGGAAAGGGGCUUAUCAUAACCCUGUGACACAUUACUUUUUUUCUAAUAGCAGCCUCCCUGUGAGACUGUGUUCUCUAUCAAGACCCCCCCCCCCCCCCAAAAAAAAAAAGAGUUCUAUUUGGUUAUUUUAGACGAUAUAUUUUAGCACAUGCUCAUACCUUUUUCGGUGAAUUGCAUUAAAAAUUUGUUUGUUUAAUGAAAUUGGAGUUUUAUUCGUGAUAAGAAAAGGCUCUUGAAACAACAUUUUUUAAAGACUGGAAUAUUUUUUUCUUUUCAAAUAUAAAAGGACAGAAGUAGCUGAAUUUGGUGAAGAAAUAAAGCUUAAAAUUAGGUUCCAUGUACCAUGGUGACACACAUAUAAUGCUACUUUAACUCAUGGUGCUGCCGAAGUCUGAACAUAGUGAAAUAAAAACAUUGAUGGUUGAGCAUAAUAAAGGACAAGUACAUAAGAGGAAAUUGAGUUAUGGUGUUUAUCGUGUUUUGAUGUAAUUGGCUUCACCAAUUACUUCAUAUGGUCUCGCUAUUUUUAUCUCUGGUUUUGCCUAAUUCCUCUGAUUGAUGAAUGAAAAGGACAGCUUAUGCUUCUGGAUGUGGUUUGCCUAAUUCUUCUGGUUCUGCCUAAUAUUUAUUCUUUCAAAAGCCAGGAGUUGACAUUUAUUCCAGACUCUCAUGGUCUAAUGUGAAAGUGAAUAUGUAGCAAUAAAAAAUUAAUAUUGGUAUGGUUUGGUAAACCAACUGAGGAAAUAUGUGUGUUCCUUGAGAAAGAAGCCAAGGAGGGGGAUAAUAUUCAAGAAAUUGCAGGUGGGAUUUCCAAGCUCAAAGGGACAGCUGGACUCUCUGACUAUGUCUCAGAUCAGUAUUGCAUACUGAGAAGGUGAACUAACCCCAACCCAAUGCGGUUCUGCCUACCAGAAAAACCUAGGUUGCUUCUUCCAGUUCUCCACAUGCCACUUCUAUAUAAGCAUGCCCAUAUUCAAGGAAAGCCAAUCCCACACCAACCCAAAUCUGAAAUAAAGAGAUAAACAAAGGACACGAGCACAUUCAAGCUUCAACAUCAUCAUCAUCUUCACCUGCCAAGAAUGGCCAAUCAUCUCAACCCAGCAGCAGCAUCCUCCUUGCUCUUGCUUUUCCUGACAAUCACUAUUACUCUAUCACCAUCAGUCAUCAAAACUGAGGCCAGAAACCUUCUCCAGGCUGUCCCCCCUCAAAGCCCUGAUCUACCUAAGAAGCCUGGUAAUCUGCCAAAACCAGAUGCUGUAGUACCACAGGUUCCAAAGCCUUUUGAGAUUCCAGCUUUGCCAAAGCCUAAACUUUCAGAUAGUCCAAAGCCUUCUAUCAUGCCAGAGCUCCCAAAACCUACUGAGAUACCAACUUUGCCACUACCAAAAGUUCCAGAGAUUCCAAAGCCUAUAAUUCCAGAGAUUCCAAACCCUAUAGCUCCAGAGGUUCCAAACCCAAAAGUUCCAUUGAUUCCAAAACCUCCCCAGUUGCCAAAGAUUCCAAAGCCUGAAGUUCCAGAGCUCCCAAAACCUACUGUGUUACCAACUUUUCCAAUGUCAAAAGUUCCAGAGAUUCCGAAGCCACCUCAGAUGCCAGAGAUUCCAAAGCCUAAAGUUCCAGAGAUUCCAAACCCUAUUCAGGUACCAACUUUGCCAAAGCCGAUACUUCCAGAAAUUCCGAAGACUUUGAAUGUGCCAGAACCCGCUGAGGCACCAAUUUUCCCAAAGUCAAAUGCCCCAGAGACUCCAAAACCAUUUGAGAUACCAGUGCUUCCAGAACCUAAGAUACCAACUUUGUCCAAGCCUCAAGUGCCAGAGCUUCCAAAAGAUGUGAUAUCAACUCUACCCAAGGUUGAACUGCCAGAGAUUCCCAAGCCUCCUCAGUUGCCAGGAAUUCCUAAGCCAGAGCUGCCAACCAUUCCUUCAAAGCCAGCUGAGGCACCAAUACUCCCCAAGUCCCCAGAAAAUAUUCCAAAACCAGAAAUGCCAAAAACCCAGCCAGUCCCAAACAAGUCAUGAAUUGCCCAAACUUCAUUCUUUAAUGCCGCCACUUGCCAUAAAUACAUCUCCAGAAUUCUCAGAACAUUUUAAAUGUCAGCUCGUGCUACAGUGCUACGCCCCCGGGUGCAAGCAUGCAGUAGUCGUUUUUAAUUCGUCUGUGUGCGUGAGUGUGUCCUGUGUGUGUCUUCAGUUCAGUAGUGAUUAUUAGUGAAUAGUAGUAAUAUACUCUGUAAUAACCGCGUGUGUGCACAUUUGUACUUCAUGCAGUCUGUUUUGUCAAUAUAAAAUUAAUGUUAUGUUACAAUUAUGUUUUGUUACAGUGUAGAGCAGAUUUGAGUAUUUGACUAUGUGCUGGCAUUUAACCAGUUCCAUAUUUUUCAUUUUGUGAUUUGGUUUGAAUCGGGUUGGG